ACCUAUCAGUAGCGUGCUAAAGAAUAAGAGAGAGUUUGUUCAUGGAGGCAUAUCAGAUCGUGAAGCUUGUCUCAGUCCAAUUCACACCUCUCGAUGGUAAACAUGACGCGUACCAAAAAUAUACUGAUCCUGAGUGUCUUCUUCAUUUUUGCAAUAAGACUGCAAGCGCAGCCACUGCAGAAUCAGAUUCCAGAGGAAAUGCGGUAUCCAUCUGAAAUGUCCUUUCAGGCAUAUCCAAACAUAGCUACGUUAUCACUGGAUGAGAUAAAAGAAAUGUUUCCAUGGUUGAAAUCGAAAGAGCCAGUGGUCUUGGAAAGCAAUGAUAAAAAUGCACCGCGAUACGUAUUCUAUUACAAGCCGGAGCAGGUGGUCUUAAAGAACAAGAUAACAGGUAGAGAAAAGAAUAGUCGCGAUCAGGAAGCAAAUGAAUUCUUGAAGCGUGGAUUUCUUCAUCAGGAGAGAAAUUUCUUACCGGGUGGAUUAAAUCAUCGAAGUGAAGGGUACAGGCAUAACGAUGAUAUCGUCGAGGAUCCUGAUAUUUUUACAGCUGAAACAAAAAACGGUCCAGUUCAUUCUCAUCCGAAGGUACCAUCCCCAUAUCUGGAACCACCGACAGUAUCGGAAAAGGAUAGAAAUUUGUAUAGUCUGGAGAAGCGAAAGUUGAUCAUAAAUUUGCUGAGAGCAAGGAAAAAUAGAGCAAGGCAAAAAUUGUUGAAUCAAAAAUUAAAUAGUAAAGAGAAAGAGAAAACAGAGGAUAAGGAAAUAAAAUACGUACGAGAUCAUGCACCUGAGAAUCAAAUGGAGGACACAUCAGAGAUUAAAGAUGAGGCUACGGAGGAACAACAGGUUAAGAAAAAGCCAAAUAAUCCAUUAGAAUUGUCACCGGAUGGUGACAGAGUACAAUUUCAUAUUCAUGGACACGAAGGCCCAAAAACUUACAUCUUUGGCUUUGACACAGGAAAUGGAAAAAACAGACACUACAGAUUGGAGGAACGUCUCAAGGAUGGCACCAUAAAAGGACAUUACGGUUAUUAUGAUGCAAGAGGAAAACUCAGAAUGGUUCAAUACACAGCCAGACCCCUUGGCGGUUACCAAGAAAAGCAUCACGAAUCGAGCCAUCCUAAGGACAAAAGUUAAUCGGUUUUAUAGCAUUCUUUUUAUUGCGAAAACGACAAAAUUUCUGCAGGGUCAUUGCGAAAUGAUCUAAGGAAACAUUUUUGUAUAAUGAAGUUUAUUUCCUCGCGACGAGUAGCGAGACUCUUGAGAAAGUACUGCGGUUUCUGUUUUUGUUUUUUAAUCGUGAUUGACGGCAAGUCGAUAGAAAAUAGUAUUCAAAAAAGUCCAUUGAUACC